UGUGGCCUUUUCGUCUUCUUCAUUUCCCUCUUUUCUUCAAUCAAUUUUACUCACGAGGGAGCGUCGGCGCGUUAGCGCGUCACCCAAUCCCCCCACCCCUCAGCCCAUUCCUUCAAAUAACUCAUCACCUUCUCCAAGAAAUUCCAUUCAGCACACAAAAACAGAGAGCUAAUUUCAAAGUUCAUCAACUUAAUUUUUCUUGCUCUGUUUUUCGAUUUUGAAUUUUGUUUGCUCUGUUUUUUUUUUUGUGUGUGGCAAUGGCGAUAUUAGCCAAACUGUCACACUCCCUUACAUCGAUUAUCAAGAAAACUAAUCUUUACUACGUGGCUGCAACAAUUGUUCUCUGUUGCACUUUCUAUGUAAUCGGACUUUGGCCGCAAGGUGGUGAUGUAACCAGCCGUCAAUUAUCCUCAACCGCCUCCAUUUUACCCACCUUCCCAUGCAACCCAUCAAUCAAAAACACAAAUCCCAAUUCCGGUUCAUCGAUUUCCAUCGACUUCACCGCCCACCACACCGCUGAUGACCUUGUACCACUCUCAUCAUCGGCGCGUGUAAACCACUACCCAUCGUGUAACCCGGAAUUGUCCGAAUACACACCGUGUGAAGACUCGAAGAGAUCAUUGAAAUUCGAUAGAAACAUGCUUGCUUACAGAGAAAGGCAUUGUCCAGAGAAGAAUGAGUUGUUAAAGUGCAGAAUUCCGGCGCCGUUUGGGUAUAAACCGCCGUUCCGAUGGCCGCAAAGUCGUGACUCGGUUUGGUAUGCGAAUGUUCCGCAUAAACAUCUUACGGUUGAGAAAGCCGGACAGAAUUGGGUCCGGUUUAAGGGUGACCGGUUUACCUUCCCCGGCGGCGGCACCAUGUUUCCACGUGGCGCUGAUGCUUAUAUUGAUGAUAUCGGAAAAUUGAUCAAGCUUAAAGAUGGUUCCAUUAGAACCGCCAUUGAUACCGGUUGCGGGGUUGCUAGUUGGGGUGCUUACUUGCUUUCUAGAGACAUCCUUCCAAUUUCCUUUGCACCUAAAGAUACACAUGAAGCUCAAGUUCAAUUUGCCCUCGAGCGAGGAGUUCCAGCAUUGAUUGGCAUAUUAGCUACUAAUCGGCUACCUUAUCCUGCAAGGGCAUUCGAUAUGGCACAUUGUUCUCGCUGUCUCAUCCCUUGGGGAAAAUAUGAUGGUCUAUAUUUAAUUGAGGUUGAUCGAAUUUUACGUCCUGGUGGAUACUGGAUUCUCUCUGGACCACCCGUUAACUGGCAAGGUCACUGGAGGGGCUGGAACAGAACAGCUGACGAUUUGAAAGCAGAGCAAGAUCAAAUUGAGAAUGUUGCAAGAAGCCUAUGCUGGAAAAAAGUAACUCAGAGAGGUGACCUAGCAAUUUGGCAGAAGCCUACUAAUCAUGUGCAUUGCAAAAUUAACCGAAAGGUCUUCAGGAAGCCACCCUUUUGCCAGGAACAAGAUCCCGACAAAGCAUGGUACACCAAGAUAGAUUCUUGUUUGAGUCCACUUCCUGAAGUGUCUAGCGUUAAAGAUGUCGCUGGAGGGCCGCUGGCGAAUUGGCCAGAAAGAUUAACUACGGUCCCUCCUAGGAUUGCUAGUUCUAGUAUAGAGGGAGUUACUGCAGAGGGGUUCUCUGAAGGUACAGAAUUGUGGAAGAAGAGAGUCGCCCACUACAAGGCAUUGGACAGUCAAUUAGCAGAACGUGGAAGGUACCGUAACAUACUUGACAUGAAUGCUUGGCUGGGAGGAUUUGCAGCUGCACUUGUUGAUGAUCCAGUUUGGGUCAUGAACAUCGUCCCCACUGAGGCUGAAGUCAAUACUCUUGGAGUUAUCUUUGAACGUGGUUUAAUUGGAACAUACCAAAGCUGGUGUGAGGCAAUGUCAACAUAUCCAAGAACUUACGACUUCAUACAUGCUGAUUCGAUCUUCACCCUAUACCAGGACAGAUGUGAAAUGGAAGAUAUAUUAUUGGAAAUGGAUAGAGUAUUAAGGCCACAAGGCAGUGCAAUAUUCCGAGACGAUGUGGAUGUUUUGGUAAACGUGAAGAGCAUAUUAGACGGACUACAAUGGGAAAGCAGGAUGGUUGAUCACGAAGGCGGUCCUCAUGUUAGAGAAAAGCUUCUAAUUGCUACUAAACUGUAUUGGACAGCACCAGCACCAGCACCUGAUCAAGAUAAACAAUGAGUAUUCUAUACUGUGGCUAGGGCCAAUUCUUUACUUACUUUUGUUGAUAAGUUUUUUGUUUCUUCUAUAGGCGUUUCAUUAACCUCUCUAUCUUUUGGAUUCAAAAUAAACAAGUGGAUAUUGAGGUUUUUCCCUGAGAUUUUGAAUCUUACAUACUGUGAAAUGCAAAAUUUGGUAUAGAAACCAGAUUUUAGAUGAUAUUAGUGUUUAAAUGACUCUAGAUUGUUUUCUUCUACAGUAAAUCAAUUGGAAUCUAAUCUUAGA